AUGCUGGGGCAGCCCACCGCGUGGUCAGGCGGCCGUUGGGUGGACGCCCUGGCCUUGGCGCCUCCGCCCGCUGCGUGGCCACGGGCAAGCUCCGCGCCCACUCGUUGGGUUAUCGUGCCCACUCGCAUCAACGUGGCUGCUGGCAUGCCCAGCGGCAAAGUGAGAUACGCAAAGCUCCCCAGUCCCGACGGCGGACAUAUUAACAGUCAGAAGGAAACUUCACCUGCCAAGGAGAGCUUAAAGCCGAAAAGAUGCCCAGGUGUCGGAAGACCUCAUGUAUUGGAGAAAAGCCGUACUGACAUUCCUUUUAAGGCCAUCGCCUGCGCCUUCUCACAGUUUUUGGUUGGUGCUUUUCUCAUUAUUACGGGCUGCCUCCUGCUGGCAGGCUGUAUCAGCAAAGUGGGCGCCAAUCGAGCCUUCCCAGUCCUGACUGUCGGCAUCCUGGUGUUCCUCCCCGGGUUUUACUACCUGAUCGUCGCCUACAGAGCCUACCGAGGCUGCCCGGGCUGCUCCUUCCGUGACCUUCCGGACUUUGAUUACUAGCCCCCACCCCAGCCAGAGGAGUCACAGGUAGGGGUGAGCAGGGUUGAAAGCAUUGGACAGAAGUUGUGGAAAUCGAUGCUUAAGAAUUAAGGAAAUCUACCGUUUUGCAAAUAAAUGUUCCGCACCACUAUGGCCAGAUUUUAGAAAUCCAUCCUCCAAAUGUUAAUUGAGUUUACAGUUAGCCGACUAGGAAGUUAAGAGAGGACGUGUCCUAUU